AUGGAUAAUUUAUAUACAGGAAUAUCAAAAUCUAUUGAGUCAUUACCGCCAGAAAUAACAUUUUCAUAUGGUUAUAUAUUUACAAAUUUUAAAAAGUUAAAGUGGCCAUGGUUGAAUAAGAGGAAAAUAGAUAAUGUAUAUCUUUCAAACCAUUUUUUUUUUAUAUUACAAGAGGAUGCAAUGGCUUAUGCCAUUGAAGUUUUGAUAUUUUUUUCAUCGGAACUUAGUGUAUUUUAUAUUUCUAAGGCGGAUUCAACAGGAUUUUUUAAUCGACAUGGUUCACCAUCGCCUUUAAAAGCAGUUAUUUCAACAUUUUUGUCAUAUUUAAUUAGAAGGUUUUCUAGGAAAAAUAUACCUUCAAGAAUAUCUCUUUUUUCAAGAUCUCAACCUCAAUAUCUUUUUCCGUCGUCCUCUUUAAAUCCAUCUAAACAUAUAUUAGAUGAUCGAGAAUUGGUUAGAUGGUGGUUAAAAGUAUUAGAUUCUGUAAAUGGGUCCCAAUGCCCUAAGAAAUAUGUUUUAAUACCAGGAAUGGAUCCAAGAGAAACUCUUAAAUAUACACCUCAACAUGUUGAUACAGAUUUAAACUGGAUAUGUGGUCAUCCAUAUGAAUCUAUGGGUCAAUCGGCAGGAGAAAUUAUUCCACGUUUUCCAGAUGAUCCUAAAACCCGGUUUCUUGAUCAAUUGGAUAGAGAUGGAGAAGUUGUAAGCAUUGAUAAGUUUUGGGAAUUAAUGGCGUUUCGUCAAGAGUGUAUACAUGGUAGAAUUGUUGGGUUUUUUAGUCUAGAAUUUCCAGGGAAUGAUCAGGAUGGAACAAACAAUACUAUAACAGAGGACUUGGAUUUACAAAAUGGUAUUCAAAUAAAUGAGAAAAUUUAUAGAAUGGUUUAUGAAAAAUUAUUGCGCUCUGAUUUUGAGACAUUGGAAAAGACUAAAGGAGCGACGCUUGAUUUGAUUAAUGAUAUCAAUAACUCUAAAGAUAUUAAAGAUAGUGUUGAUUGGAUUAAAAAAGUUUCGGGUAAAAAAACAAGUGAGGAUAAAAAGAGAAAAGCUAUCGAUAUUUCAGAACAAUUAAAACCCGUAAAUAUCCUUAAUGAAUCUUUAAUUCGUAAAAAAAGUAAAAAAAAGUAA